UAUGACAUACAGUGACACAGUGACAUAGAGCUUAAAAGUCUUAAUAUUUUUUAUUAAUUGAGUUAAAAAUAAUUAAACCAAAACUUGGUUAUAGUAAUUACUAACUACAAUGAGACUCAAAGGUGUAUGUAUGAAAAAUAUGAAUGAAGUCUUAAAAACCCGUAAAUUAGUAAGGUUAGUCAACGGAGUCCCAAAAUACGAAUAUUCGGGUAUACUUAGGAUUUCGUCACGUCCAUUUGAGAAAGAGAACAAGAUAUACGAACAACAUUAUGAUCAUUCCUAUGCCAAAAAUAUAAUAAUUGACUGUGUUAAUGAUGACUGCCUGGCCCAAAUAUUCACGCAUGUGCCAAUAUGUGAGAGACCAAAACUUACGUUGGUAUGCAAAAAAUGGAAAAGAGCCCUUGAUGAUUCUUGGUUUAAUGUCAAAAAAAUUGAAUUAACUCACCGGCGACCUGAUGAGUUUCCAAAUGAUUUGACAAAAUAUCUAACAAUCGAUGGAGGGUACAGUGUUUUAGAGUCAGUGCUCAGUAAAUGUGGUCGUUUUUUAACAACAUUAGACUUGACAGCUUAUGGUCAUUAUAACAUAGUGCCAGUUAUUAAUGAUUCUUGUCCAAAACUUGUAAAACUUUGCUUAAGAAUCACUUAUAUUAACAAUAGAAAUUUAUGUGAUACAUUUACACGUCUAUCUAAACUAAAAAUUUUAUUAAUUAUAUUUCAAAUGAAGGCUUUACCAUUGGCACCUAUUGUUGCUUUAAUGAAUUCAUUAAAAAACGUUGCUAAUACAUUGACUCAUUUGAGCCUUACGAACUGGGUUCAUGAUGUAAGAGGCUGCCUUGAUUUCACAAAGCUACUCAAUGAUGUACUUCGUGACUUAAAGGCUCUGAAAAGUUUGGAAGUUGCCGGUCUAGAAAUUUUACAUAAUUCAUUCGAUUAUUUUCAAUCAGAUCCGUUAAUGAAUAUCACGUCAUUGAUAAUGAUGGGAUGCCGAACUACGAAUGAGACAUUGUAUACUAUUGCCAAUACUUUCAAGCACUUGGAAGUAUUGCAUAUAAAAAGUGAGUGGGUAACCGAUGAUGGUGUAGUAGCAAUUUCAAAGAUGAAUAAUUUACAAACUCUUAAGUUUUUCGGGAGUCAUAACAUCACUGAUUCUUCAGUCAAAUUGCUUGAAUACAUGAUAAACUUACAGUUACCAUGCAGUACUAAAAUUACUGAUGAUUCCGUCAUGAAAGUUCUUGAAAAUUCACCAAAGAUGGACGAGCUGGACGUUUCUGGCACAAAUGUGACUGCUGAAUUAGUAAAAAAAGCAGCAGAAAUAUCGAGAAAUCGAAAACAACAUUUGAUCUUUCGCGUUUCAUUUAUACCAGACAUACAACAAUAUGAAUCGCCAUAUUUUGAAAUUCAUCUGCCUGUUAUAUAAACAACGAAAAAAAAAUAGUACUUAUCGAUACAAGUGCCCAGGCAGACAGUGUGCUCACAACGAGAUUAUAAGAGGGCAAGCGCAAAUCUUGUGAGUGGGCUUUCUGAUUGGGCACUUCUUUCGAAAUUUACUAUUUAGAUUUCAAAAUAUAACAUGAAAAACCAUUGAUUAAAUAUAAAAAUCAUAGGUUGAAACAAAAAAGUCAAUCGUUCAACUCUGU